AUGGAAGAAAUUGCUCACAACGCUGUGCAGUUUUACUGGAAUCCAACCGAGCAACCGGUUAAGAUCAACGUGGCCGUGCAGUGUUUAAGUACCGACUUCAGCAACCAGAAGGGCGUGAAGGGUCUGCCGCUGCAUUUGCAGAUAGAUACGUUUGACGAGGCUCACAGCAAGAACGUUCCGUUCCAUCGAGGAUACUGCCAAAUCAAGGUCUUCUGUGAUAAGGUACGAGUUCGUUUUCAAAUACGGCAUAAUGCACAGACUAGGCCAUCCGAUGACACUAGACAAGGAAGAAGGAGAAAGAAGAGCGACGGCGAAUACCACGAACUAUGCGAACGAUCGGAAUUCUAUCAUAUGAGCAACCUAACGAAACCGGCCGUGCUUUUCGUACCGCCGGAGGAUUACGAAAGGUUCCCCCCAGUCGAGAGCUUUUACUGUAUUGAUGGCGCAGGCUUGCAAACUUUGGUAAAAGAAGAGACGUCGGAAAAUGACUCCGCUUCGCCAUCUCCGAAACGGACGAAAGCGUAUCCCACUGAUCGAGUGAUGAUAUAUGUAAGAAAAUCUGAAGAUAGUAUUUUCACACCCCUGCAUGUAAUCCCCCCAUCUGUUGAUGGCCUGAUUAACGCUAUACAGCUUAAAUACAACAUCGAUGUCAGCCGAAUUACCGGGCUGUAUAAGCAGUGCAAGAAAGGAAUUACGGUGCAAAUAGACAACGAUAUGAUUCGCCAUUACUGUAAUGAAGACUCGUUCAUUAUACAAAUCAAUUCCAGUGAUGACGGUUCCAGCUACACUGUAUCGCUGAUGGAAUUAGACCGAGUGGAUUCAGUGUCGCCGUCACUGUAG